GCGCGCGGGUCCCACGCCAUGGGGCGCCUGGUGGGUCUGAGCCUGAUGGGGAUAGCGCUGGCGCUGCUGGGCGAGAGGUUCCUGGCGCUCAGAAAUCGACUUAAAGCUUCCAGAGAAGUAGAAUCCGCAGACCUUCCAAACUGCCGCCUGAUUAAAGGAAUUGAAGCUGGCUCUGAAGAUAUUGACAUACUUCCCAAUGGUCUGGCUUUCUUCAGUGUGGGUCUAAAAUUUCCAGGACUCCACAGCUUUGCACCAGAUAAGCCUGGGGGAAUACUAAUGAUGGAUCUAAAAGAAGAAAAGCUGAGGGCCCUGGAAUUAAGAAUCAGCCGUGGGUUUAAUCUGGCUACAUUUAAUCCACAUGGCAUCAGCACUUUCAUAGACCAUGAUGACACAGUUUAUCUCUUUGUUGUAAACCACCCGGAAUUCAAGAAUACAGUGGAAAUUUUCAAAUUUGAAGAAGAAGAAAAUUCUCUGGUGCAUCUGAAAACAAUCAGACAUGAGCUUCUUCCAAGUGUGAAUGAUAUCACAGCUGUUGGACCAGCGCAUUUCUACGCCACCAAUGACCACUAUUUCUCUGAUCCGUUCUUAAAGUAUUUGGAAACAUACUUGAACUUACGGUGGUCAAAUGUUGUUUACUACAGUCCAAAUGAAGUUAAAGUGGUAGCAGAGGGAUUUGAUACAGCAAAUGGGAUCAGUAUUUCACCUGAUAAUAAGUAUAUCUAUGUUGCUGAUGCACUGGCUCAUGAAAUUCAUGUUUUGGAAAAACACCCUGAUAUGAAUUUGACUCAAAUGAAGGUACUUAAGUUGGAUACACUGGUGGAUAAUUUAUCUAUUGAUCCUUCCUCGGGGGACAUCUGGGCAGGCUGUCAACCUAAUGGCCAGAAGCUCUUCGUGUAUGACCCGAACAAUCCUCCCUCAUCAGAGGUUCUCCGCAUCCAGAACAUUCUAUCUGAGAAGCCCACAGUGACCACAGUUUAUGCCAACAAUGGAUCUGUUCUGCAGGGAAGUUCCGUGGCCUCAGUCUAUGACAGGAAGCUGCUUAUAGGCACGUUAUACCACAGAGCCUUGUACUGUGAACUCUAAAUGGUAUUGUGGGUCUGAGAGUGUACUAACUUAACAAUUAAUUUUCUAUGAAUUUCUAAUACUGAGGGAAUUUAACCAGGAAUAUUGACCCAGAAAUGUGUGGCAUGUAUAGUUAAUUUUACUUCAUUUAGGAAAGGCCCCUCCAGUUCUCAUUGCACUUUUAAUAUAAAAGGAAAAUAACAGUUUUUUUAAAAUGUCAAGGGAGGGAGAGAGAAGAAAGCUACUUUCCAGUAAAGUGGAUACGCUUGGCACCAGAAUGAGCCUCACCUUUGCCUUCCAACUGCCAGAACAUGGAUUCCACUGAAACAGGGUGAAUUUUAUUUCUUGAAAAUAUGAGUGACCUCAGUUCCAACCUUGUGACCACGUGACCGUUAAGAACUACUGAUAGAUAACAUGCUUUGAUGUUUUGUACUUACAUCAUUGUUUACUACUGAAAUGUUCUAGUUAUAUUAAAGACAAACUAAAAUCCAA